GUUCCACGAUUGCCAACAGAAUACAGAACUCACACAGAUAACCUUACUUUGGUCGUAUUGUAAGCGUCGCCUCAUUUUUUAAGUUUUAUAAAUACUAUUGCAAACUUUGAACAAGUUUUUUUCUCUUAAUACGAAUAAUUCGUGCUGUGUGAAAGUGUGUUUGCACUUAGCUUCCUUAAAGAACUUUUUUUGCCGGUAACCCAAGACUCCUCUAACCAUGGCGUACAAACCACAAAAAGUUCAAAAAGUGAUGGUACAACCCAUCAACUUAAUUUUUCGUUACUUACAAAACCGUUCACGUGUACAAGUGUGGUUAUACGAGAACAUUAAUCUGAGAAUCGAGGGGCACAUUGUGGGUUUUGAUGAAUACAUGAAUCUUGUGCUGGAUGAUGCUGAGGAAUAUUACGUUAAAACGAAGAACAGGAGGCAGCUGGGAAGAAUCAUGCUUAAAGGAGAUAACAUAACGCUGAUACAGAACGUGAAUCCUCAAUCAGGCAAUUAGUUGUAAAUUGUAGCGUAAUUCUAAGUUUCAUAACAAUUUUUUCAUUCGUUGGAGUAAUGUGUUUGUAUGAAAACCGCAAUUGGUCUUAGUAUUAAGUGAUUCAUCAACUUUCUGUAAAAGAAAUGCGGACAUUAAAAUUAUUUUAGUAA